GCUCUUUCUCUCUCUUUCUCUUUCUUUAUAAAACCAAACACAUAGAGCUGAUUGGCAAGUCUUUAUUUAUAUAAUUUUUUUCGCAUAUGAUAUAUUUCCGCUAGAUCCGUUACCAAAAUAUUAUCCAGUUCGAAAGUAUGUCACAGUGUUUCAAAAAGGUUGGAAACCGCUGCGAUAUUAUUUAUCGAAUGAGUCGCCGUUUGCAUUUGUGUGCGUAGUGUGUGUACGCGCGCGCGCGCGCUUAGUGUGAGCAUCGCUUUCUUUUUCACUGAACACGCGCUAUCUUGGUCGACUUCGAGAGUGUCAACUUUCUGUUAGCCAGUCACAGCACGUUUCACAGACGUAUUAGAAAUCUCACGGUGGCUCAUCGUCGAUCGAAAUGUCCGACUUUCGUGUCCACGAGGACCAAGGCGGCUCGUCAAUUUCAUACACACAAAUUUCACAAAGAUACGAGAAAUGAUGUUCCGAGGUCGGGCAGAUAAAAAUGGAGCUUCUCGAAGAUCCCGCGAUUCUCCUCUCUCGCUGUCAACUGUGCACUCGAAUAUAAUAUCUCACUGUGAUAAGGACAAAAAUUCGCCGGUGCAAAGUAUGAAAUUUCAUUGCGCGAGUGAGGACAUAAAGCAAACCUGAUAUGUGUAUAUUUCCGCGAAGACGAAAACUCAAGAUACCCCUGUGAUAAGGACAAAAACAUCGUUAGAGUCAAGUUUGAAGAAAAUUUCGCUACAAGUGAUAUAUGUAUAAAGAAAACGUGAGAUACAUAUUUUGUCCCAACCGGGACAGGGUUUCAAGGAAAAAAGCCGAACCUGAACGUGUCUGAUUUCGCUUUCGGAAUCGAGCGAAAACGCGUGAAUUAUUUUAUUGUGCUCAACUACCACGCUUUUGGACAUCAAAGUAGUUUAAAUUGACUGAAAUGGAGCCAGCAGGACAGAAUCAAUCACCUAACGUCUUGAAUAAUAUUGGCGACAGUUCUGACACUAAGGGCAGUUGUUUGUUACUUCGCUAUGCUAGUCAGAAUUCUCUAGAUGAAAGCUCACAGAAACACAUUCCUCGUGAGAAUGGAAAGGACAAGCCACCAUAUAGAAAUCACCAUCACACAAAUCGAGCCUUUGACGUCAUUAACGAGAUGAGAAAGAAAAAUUUACUCUGCGAUGUCAUCUUAGUAGCGGACAGUGGUAUGGAAGUACCUGCUCACAAAAUGGUUCUUGCUGCAUGUAGUCCUUACUUCUAUGCCAUGUUUACAAGUUUUGAAGAACGCGAUCAGGAGAGGAUAACAUUGCAAGGCGUGGAUUAUUCGGCGUUAGAGCUAUUGGUAGAAUAUGUUUAUUCUGCCGAAGUUCAUGUCACGGAGGAGAAUGUGCAAGUACUUCUACCUGCUGCGAAUUUAUUACAAUUGACAGAUGUUCGAGACGCUUGUUGCGAUUUUUUGCAAGCUCAAUUGCAUCCAUCUAAUUGUCUUGGUAUUAGGGCAUUUGCAGAUCUGCAUGGAUGUCUCGAACUGUUGACGCACGCGGAUAGCUAUAUAGAGCAACAUUUUUCGGAAGUGGUCGAUGCGGAAGAAUUUUUGACGCUGGCAGCUGAUCAAGUAGCAAAACUUAUCUGUAGCGAUCGUUUAAUGGUACCUUCCGAAGAAAAAGUAUUUGAAUGCGUCAUUUCAUGGGUACAUCAUGAUCUUGAAAAGAGGCAGACCGAUUUAGCUUUGUUAAUGGAAUAUGUACGCUUACCUUUGUUGUCUCAAGAAUAUUUAGUACAACGUGUGGAGGAGGAACCACUUCUCAAAGCAAAUUUACAAUGCAAGGAUUUCUUGAUUGAAGCCUUAAAAUAUCAUUUACUGAAAGGUGAGCAAAAAUCGCUGUUUAAAACGCCACGUACUAAACCGAGACAGCCAAGAGGCUUGCCCAAAGUAUUGCUCGUUGUCGGUGGUCAAGCUCCAAAGGCGAUCAGGAGCGUCGAGUGUUAUGACUUUAAAGAGGAAAAGUGGUAUCAAGUUUCCGAAUUGCCAACACGACGUUGUAGAGCCGGGCUUUGUGUUCUCGGUGGACGUGUGUACGCUGUUGGUGGAUUCAAUGGAUCAUUGAGAGUACGAACGGUUGAUAUUUACGACGCCGCGGCGGAUCAAUGGUCACCCUGCCCCGAGAUGGAAGCUAGGAGAUCGACACUCGGUGUAGCAGUGCUUGGCAAUUGUGUUUACGCUGUUGGUGGUUUUGAUGGUUCGACAGGAUUAAAUUCAGCCGAAGUAUAUGACCCGCGCACUCGCGAAUGGAGACCAAUAGCGCGAAUGUCAACGCGACGCAGUAGCGUAGGAGUAGGCGUUGUCAAAGGAUUGCUGUAUGCUGUUGGUGGUUAUGAUGGAGAAUCUCGUCAAUGUCUCUCUAGUGUCGAGUGUUAUAACCCAGAGAAAGAUCAAUGGAAACCUGUACCAGAGAUGUCCGCGCGUCGUAGCGGUGCAGGUGUCGGUGUCCUGGAUGGUAUUUUAUACGCGGUGGGAGGUCAUGAUGGUCCACUGGUUCGAAAAAGUGUAGAAGCAUUUAAUCCAGAGACCAACCAAUGGACUCCCGUCAGUGACAUGGCACUUUGUCGUCGUAACGCCGGUGUCGUGGCAUUGAACGGACUUUUGUACGUUGUGGGUGGAGACGACGGUUCUUCCAGUUUAGCAUCGGUAGAAGUUUAUUCUCCAAGAACUGAUACCUGGACCACCUUGCCAACUUGCAUGGGAGUGGGACGUAGUUACGCUGGUGUAGCUAUCAUCGAUAAACCAAUGGCCCCCGCAAUGACAAUGUGAGGUCUACAAUCCGCUGGGCAUGCGACAGAACAGAACACGGACCCGGGUGCCGAGAUAUCAGACUCGUCACGGGAAGCCGGGCCCAGCGGUGUGCAAAAUCGCGGCGCGAGCCACAAUUGUCAGGGUCCGCGUUGCGUUUGUCAGCGAUACGAGAACGGCGAAUUAGCCGCGGUAAUAAUGAAUCAAGGUAGAAAUAAUCAAGAGAGGGAAGACAGCUAUCAAAACGUGGGUCACGUAGCCUCGCGCGCCUUUCCACAAAAUCGUCUUAACAAUAAUAUGCUACAAAUUCAUCCGAAUUUGAAUCCAAAUUAUCAAAAUCCGAUUGAUUUAAUACGUAAUUACAAUCGUCGACUACAGCAGCAGCAGCAGGAACCGGAAGAGAAUAUUUAUGAACGUUUGGACAAUGACGAUGACGAGGACAGCGAUGAGAACGCGGAGGUUUCUCGGAACGAAUCAUUAGCUCAAAACAAUCAAAAUAACGGGGAUAAUCAUACAUACGAGAGAAUAAACGAACGGAUAUCGUGCAGUAGUAGAGCGCAUUGUCGUUAUAAAUAUCAUGUACCUGCUCAUAGUUUCUUGAAUGAUAUGGAGGGUACCAGAAAUGCGAGCCAAUACGAUCAACCGAGACACAUCUACAUUGAUUAUUCCCGACUGAGUAGUAACUUUCAUCAAAACUCCUUGAACAGAUUAGGUCGUAAUUGCUUUUCCACUGAAAACAUCGCGUAUGCUUCCACGAGACGCUCUGCACAUCCAUUUGCGUAUAAUUGCACAUGUCCAUAUUGCAGACAUGCAGACAUGAGAUAUAUCUGCCAUCAUUGUAAUAAUCUACAUAAUAGAUCACGGUAUCAGGACACUGCUAAUUCAAGGCACUACGUAUAUCAAGUUUCGAGAAAUUGCAGAUGUCCGUUUUGUCGCGGCGAAUACUCUUAUACAAAGUUUCCCGUUAACGCUCUUCGAGCCGCCGAAUUAUUCAAAAUGGAGUGUUGCCAUUGUAGAAAUCCCGCCAAUUGCACUUGCCGCGGUAAAAUACUGUCAGAUUCGAAUUCUGCGAUUUACAUCGGAAGAUAUCUGGAUUGGAUUAAUCGGACCGGACAAUCCGUCAAUAAUCCUUUAUACGCCAUGAUUCACGUCGGUAGGAUGGAUCGCGCGUCGAUGAUUCCUGGCCAUGGAAACACAUCCAACAGCGGGAAUCCAUCUAGCAGCGCGGAUCCUGGGCCGUCGACAUCUAACGCGGCAUCUAAUACGAGAUUCGGUGAAUCGAAUCCAUCUUCAAGUUUGCGAUCUGUAUUCGCUUCCGGCGCCUCUACAUCAAAUGCUUCUAUCUGUCCUGUAAAUCGAUACAUAGAACGCCAACAUAUUUGCGACGACUCUUGUAUUCGCAGCCAAAGUGGCAAUCUAGCUGGAAUAUGUCAACUUCUCGGCAGAUGCGAGAGAACGGAAUGCAAUCACGGGAGACUCUCGGUACAUUGGUGGUUUGUGAAUAAAUGGCUUCCAUUAUGGAAUUCUCACAAUCUCGAUAGGAACGUGGAUGGUGAUAGAUCAUGUCAUGUAGACGAAAUAUCACGGGAACAGCGAGAGAGCGACAGCGAUGAUUCUUAAAUCGAAGAAUUUUUUUAUCAUCCGAGUGCCUGUUUUGCCUGUGUUUCGAAUAUUCAAUCUUCCAUCUCCCAUUAUUUGCGAUGUGAUUACGAUUUGUCGACCCGCUCGUAACAUGAGCUCGUAAUGGUACUGAGAUAUUUGAAGCUUAAUAAUGUGGAAAUAGUUUAGUGAUACAAUAAGAACUUUAAAUAUACGCCCCCUUCCCCAGGUGAGACAAUAAAUUCAUAUAUUGCGAUCUCGAAAUAUAUUUAAUAAAUAUCAUUGAGGGACUGUUUUUUAAUUUGAAGCAAUAAUGAUUUAGGUGAGUAUUUAUCAUAAGUGUGUUACACAAUUUUCAAUUUUAUAUCUUAUUUUUACUGUAAAUCUAUUCUGCACUAUCAUUUUGAUGCACAAAAAUCUAUAAAAUCAUAUUAUCUAAUGUACAUACACAUAGUAUACAUAUAGUGUGUGCGCUCUUUCAUUUUUAUUUUAUCAUGUUAUUUUAUUUAUUUAUCAGGAUUUCAUGCUGUUGGUUAAAGUUUUGUAAGUACACUUUCAAAAAUAUCGAAUAACAAUUGUUUGAAUAUCUAUUGAUGUCACUGUGUAUAUAUAUAUAUAUAAAUGUUUGCAAAUAAUAGAGCUUAUAAAAACUUUUCAACUUUGUGACACUCAACAUUAACAAAUUUAACUAAGUCGAUAUCGUAGCUGUGAUAUAAAUUAAGUUGUUUAAUUCUAAUGGAUUAAUCUUAAAAAUUAUAUUAUAAUUUUACAUUUGUUUGAGUUACGUACAUUUUUAAAUUUUCUAAAGUGAAACGAGUGCGUUUGAAUGCAUGAAUGCAUCUGACAGAAAAUAAUCUUGAAAAGAAAACAAAAAAAAUAUGUAUACAGAAUUUUUAUACAAUAUAUGACACAAACAAAUUUGACUAAUAUUUUAUAGACUUUAUGUAUCGAACAAAAUAAUUACUUGUUUUCAUUAAUAUAAUAUGUGCAAUUUAAAUGUUAUAAUAUAUUUGGUAUACUCGACGUAAUCAUUUAUUUAAGUUAUUUUUACAUAAUUUAUGCAAUACACAAAAAUUAAUCUAAUUAAACGAUUAAAUCUCUUAUGUUAGUUUCCCAUGAGUGUUUGCGCCAUCAGUACUUAGCGAUAUUAUGCAAAUCCUCCUUUGAAAGUAUAAGGAUUUAUUACAUGACUGUCAUAUAUUUAUUAGUAAUAUUCUCUAUAAGACUUCCUCCCUCUGUCUCUCUUUCUUUAUAAGGAUUUAAUUAAAAACCUAUUGCGCCAACAUAUAUGCCACGAAUCGAUAUGUAUAUUUGUGCUUUUUUUACGUGUGUAUGUCUGUAUUAUAGCGCUUUCAAAUGAAACAUGUAUUUUCUAUAAGGACAAAUACAGAUGACAACACAAAUGCCUUAACACAUGAACUUACGUACAUAUCGGAACGCACGUGUAUUUUUCAUAUACGUAUAUGCAAAAUAUAUAUAUAAAUAUGCCGAUAUGUGUAUAAAUUUGUGAAAGGCAUUUAUGUUGUCGAGCAUAUAUUUAAAGCGAUAUUACGAUGCUUUAUUUUAGAGAGUUAAAUAAUGUUCGAUAUAUUAUGUAUUAUUUUUUCAACUGGACAUGUCUCGUCAUAUUUAGCUCAUAUUCUAAACAUAUCCGUUAUCAAGAAUAUCACGAUAUAUUACCUAUACAAUGUUGGUCUGAGGGCUCAUAGAUUAGUCAAGUCAACAUGUCGCUAUGCGGAUGAAUAGUAUAUAGUUAAUUGUACAUUGUUUUCUUUUAGUAUAAGAUCGAGAAAUAAAUCGAAUCUCUUUCUUCGUAUCCAAACGUAUAUAGAAAUUUGUUUUAUGCAAUUAUAAAUGAUUGAACUGUCUAAGCGCAUAAUUAACCACCUGUGUAUGGACGAUUUCUUUGUUGUAUAUAAGAGAGGAAUUUGCGUUAUUUUAAGUUUCUUUUUUUUUUUUAAUUUAAUUUUCCGCGCUAAAGAACGCAAAGAGAUCUUAUCAGACUUCGUGUGAGGGAACAUGUCAACGUCAUUUAUCACGGUUUAAUGGACAUAUAGCGUUAUAAAUAUAUGUAUGCAUAUCGUA